UACCUACACACUGAAGCUUAAAGUGCAAUCUCUACGUUGAAAUACACACAGCACUAACUGACUAUCAUAUCUACGCGCUGUAUGGUGUGUAAUAUUUUCGGCGUAAUCGAAGUAAAUAACGCGAUCCGUUCGUUUCAUUAUACGGGAGAAAAAAGGGGUUUUUCUCCUAACAGUGUCACAAUGUUUUUUGCGUUCAUCUAAACAAACCAAAAAGGAAAGGAGACAAAGAUGAUGUUUUGCUGUUUGAGAAACUGUUUUGACGGCCUUGGCUUCGCCGCAACUCAAACACAGAAGAGAGGACCAAAUCCUAUAUCUUUAGAUACAUCCUACAUGGGACAUGAAGUUGUGAUAGUAAAAAAUGGUCUAAGAGUGUGUGGUCGUGGUGGUGCCUUAACAAAUGCUCCUCUUGUCCAAAGUAAAAGUUAUUUUGAAAUUAAAAUACAACAAGGUGGUAUAUGGGCCAUUGGAUUAGCCACUAGAUCUACAGAUCUGAACGUUACAACUGGAGGAAAUGAUAAAGAAAGUUGGGCUCUCAAUUUUGAUUCUAUUGUAAGGCAUAAUCAGCAAGAAAUACAUAAGAUUCAAAGUCCAGUCCAAGAAGGAGAUAUUAUCGGUGUGUCUUAUGACCACAUAGAACUUAAUUUCUACUUAAAUGGAAAACCGAUAGGUGCUCCAGUAAUGGGUAUAAAGGGAACCGUGUAUCCAGUACUCUAUGUGGACGAUGGGGCCAUUUUAGACUUAAUUUUGGAUAACUUUACUCAUCCCCCACCCACAGGUUUUGAAAAAAUUAUGCUAGAGCAAUCAUUACUCUAGCAAAGACAUUCCUACCUAUUAUAAGUGUCAAUCUCUUUAUACCUUGGCACGCAAAGCAUUAUAUGUCCAUCCUAUAUCUGUCUAACAUUAAAGUAUGGAAUCAAAAAUUAUUCUUAUCUAGACAGAAAUCCUUAAAAUAUAGCAUUAUGAAUAAGAAAUAUUUCUCUUAAUAAUGUACAAAUAUAUUUAAUUAACAAUUGCAAAAUAAACAUUUUAAUUUAUA